AUGGUUGGCUUAUGUCACGAUCUUACUAAGUUGGCUUGCCCACAAGGUUGGAUCGAGAAGGCCCAGGUGCCUUGUGUAGACGAAAUCUUCAAGGAGCGUCUGCAGGGAAUGCUGAUUGAUUUGCAGGCCUCCAUGGAAUCGGAGGACGAGGAUAAGGUCGAUUUUUCGUACCUGGACAAGGGCACGACCAAUUUCCUGCAAUCCCGUCUUUCUUCCUUUUUUCAAAUAAUCGGGAUGACCCAAAAUGUGGAGAGAAGGCGUAAAGCUGGCUUCUGUUUUUGUGGGAAGGAUCAUCAGCUUGCUUGGAAUGCCCUUCUUUGCGUGUUCUGCAGCUCGGAGGAGGAUGCCGUCCCUCGAAAUCUCUUUUUUGAAAAGAUGAUUCGUUACCCUCCUAGCAACAUCAGACCCGCCGAAGCGACGACAGACCAGUACCUUUCGAGUGCCCUCCCGCAGGCGCGUGCAGAUGAACUGUGUCGCUGCCUUCGAAUCCCUUUCUGCGCUCCGUGUGCACGAUCUCCCUGUCUUCGGGUUUGCUAUGGCCGGCUCUCGGGUCUGGGUUCUAAUGGCGUGGAGGUUGUCCCACCUGCGAAGCGUGCUGGCCCUCUUGCUCGGCCUACCGCCAACACCUAUGUCAUGGACCAUAAUCUUGCAUCUUUCGACAUUUCGGUCCCCACUGAGGCUUUGCAGUUCGCUGUCGCACUCUAUCGCAUCAACCAGCAUCAGGAGAAGAUUCUGGACAGCCUGCUUGGUUUGGGCAUAUUUUCGAAGGUGCCGGCUCGAAGGUCGUAA